AUGCCAGAGUCCGUCGAAUCUCUUGAUAGUGUUUCGUUGGUCUCAGAUGACUCUUACGAUUCUGACGAAGAGGAACGUAUGGCCGAGGAAGAGUGGAACGAGAGCUUGGGACAGCUGCAGCAACUCUUUGCUCUCGUGCUGCUCCCACUUCUUGGAAAGUGGUUGGGCAGAAGAUGGUUGCAUUGGGCCUUUGCGCGUUACGUGAGGCUUGGCCUUGGAACGUCGUUCUUCCUCGGCGAGAAGGUGCUGACAUCUUCGUUGGCUUGA